AUGGGCAAGUCGCGACGUAACAAGGCUAAUGGGCAUCGAGCCGACCCCAUGGCCAUCAAGGCUGUCAAGCCACCUACAGACCCUGAACUUGCUGCUCUGAGGGAGAAACAGAUCCUGCCUGUUAUCAAGGACCUACGAAGCUCUGAUCUCAAGGCUCGAGGCUCAGCUGCCUCAGCCGUUGCAAAUAUUGUCCAGGAUGAGAAGUGUCGGAAGUUGCUUCUCAGAGAACAAAUCGUCCACAUUAUUCUCACAGAAACCCUGACAGACGCAAGCCUGGACAGCCGUGCUGCUGGCUGGGAGAUCCUUAGAGUCAUUGUCUCUGAGGAGGAAAGUGAUUUUUGUGUUCAUCUCUUCAGGCUUGACGUGCUCACUGCCCUGGAGCAUGCCAUCAAGAAUGUGAUCCAAACAAUCUCAGACCAAAGUUUCUCGAAAGCGGCCAAGGCUCAGCAACAGGUGACAUGGAACAUCACCACGGCAUUGCUAUCUUUAGUGGGCGCCCUGGCCACGGCCCGGGAUGAGAUUGCAGAGGCUAUCGUGUCUAACUCUCAGAUCAUCCCUUUCCUCUGCUUCGUCGUCAAUCAGAGCUUCACUCCACCCGAGAUUCUCAACGAGACGAUGAGCUGCCUCAUGACUCUUUCCGAGGACAAUCUGAAAGCAUCACAAGCCAUACUUGCGGACCAGUCGAAUUGCUUCCGAACUUUGACCAAGUACAAGGAGCUGGGAGACUCCAAGGCAGUAUAUGCUUCGGGUGUGCUCCACAAUAUCUAUUCUGCCCUCGAGUGGCAUGACGGUAGUCCCGGCCAGGACGGUGCUACUGAUGCCAAGGUCAUCCCAAGCCUGUGCCGAGUUCUCGAAAAGACCAAGCAAGAUCCCAAGACGUACCAGAUUGGUGGUGUCGAAAUCGAGGCCGUGACCCAGGCACUCGAGAUCCUAGCUUCGAUAGCAACAGAUCUGCAGGCUUCCAUAACGAAGGGCAACAAGACAACGGCAGAGUGGAAUGGAUUCGAAGACGACACGGCGAUGGCAGGUGCCGAUGGCGAAGACGAAGCCAUGAAGCAGGGAAGUGAUGAGGAUGAUGAAAUUGGAGAUGGUGCGGAAGAAGAUGGCGCUGACGAGGAUGACGUCUCGAUGGAUGAGGACGAGAUACUCGCCGACAUGGAUCUUGUGACUGGACCAGAUUCCGACGCCGAGGACGACGCGGGUCUCGAAGACUUACCGAGCCUGCGAGAGUUCAUACAGAAAGCGACGCCCCAGCUUAUCCGUCUGGCUAACUUUGCCCCAGCAUCAGAUGAAGCAGUUGCAGUCCAGUCGGAAGCCCUCUCUGCCCUCAACAAUAUCGCCUGGACCAUGUCCUGCUUCGACUACUCAGAGUCUGGCAACGCUGGUCUCCUCAAGGCCUGGUCUCCAGUUGCCAAACGCCUCUGGUCCAAAGUCAUCGCACCUGUUCUUGCCACGGACACCGCCGACGUGUCUCUCGCCUCGCUCGUCACCAGUGUUGCAUGGGCGGUGUCCCGGACCCUCAAAGGUUCCACACCACUUGUAGGCAACGAGCAACAAAAGUUCAUCUCCCUCUACAAAGCAUCCAAAGGGCAGCAAGAAGAACAAGAAGAAGUCGAGGACCCGUUCCAGGCACUUGGCGUUAAGUGUAUCGGUGUGCUGGGGCAGCUAGCCCAGGACCCGGCCCCCAUCGACCUCAACCGCGAGGUCGGCAUCUUCCUCCUCACCGUACUCGAUGCGCUGCCCGAGACUUCUCCGGCGGACACAGUCGAGGCCCUGAACCAAAUGAUGGACAUCUACGGCGACGAGAGCUUUCCCUGCGACAAGGCCGUGUUUUGGAAGGACAGCUUCUUGCAGCAUCUCGAGAAGAUUGUCCCAAAGGUCAAGACCAUGGUGAAGUCUAUCGACAAGCGCGGUGCGACCAGUGAGCUGAGAGUUCGCGCGGACGAGGCGGUCUUGAAUCUGACCCGGUUCAUCGCCUACAAGAAAAAGCAUCCGCCUCGGCCCUGAGCUCGAAGGGUGCAUACGUGAUGAGAAAUAGCGGCUGCCGUCAGAAGGAAACCGUAGGCCACGAUAUUGACGACUAUUUUAGCGUCUUGGAUUUCUGAAUGAGUAUCUUCAACCAGCAAAUGACUGGGCGUUGGGUUUACGGACAGGAGACUCUUCUUGGCGCACAUGGUCAGCCAGACGGACGCUGUGGCAUCUCGGCACGGACCAGCGAAUUGCGCAGAUCUUUCAGUGAAUCAAAGAAUUGAAUUUGCUUUGCAUACUG